GAAAGACUUCAUGAGCUUUCAUUAAAGAAAAAGCUUAACUGAAUCAAAGUGCUAAACUUUAUGUUCAUUUUACCGAACGCUGAUGGCAGAUCGUUGCCAUGGUUUCCACUUAUCAAACAGCCCAAAAGGGUCGAGAGGGUACCACCUGGGGAAUUUCAAAAAUUCGCGAAUUCAAUUAAACAAACAAUAAAUCCGCUUUUAAGAGAUUAAAUGGCUGAAUCAAGCUUUUUUUCUGACUCUUUUCAAGUACUUUGAUGUUGUGCUAAAUUGAACAAAAUGUCGAAUCCCAUACAUAUGCCUGAAUUUGACAGACCUGCACCAGUGACGAAGAGAGCGAGAGUUACAAAGUCUUGUACCAUUUGCCGUCAAAAGAAGAUAAAGUGUGAUAAAGUUAAACCUACUUGUGGAGCAUGUGCAAAGAGAGGACGUUCAGGGGAAUGUAAAUAUGAGGAACCUGAUUGGAAUAUUAAUGUCAUGAACAAUGGUGGGUCAAUUAAUAAUAAUAGCUCAACUCACAAUGGCGAAACUGUUGAUGAACAAUUAAUAUUAUUACGGGACAAAUUAAAACGGAUAGAAUCUGUAAUAAAGAAGGAUAAUCUUUAUACAACUGAACCAACUUUCAUAAAUAACACAGUGGAGCCUGAGAUAGAGGAGGAUGGUGUCAUUGAUUUUUAUAAGCAUAAUUAUGGUAGUCCAAGAAUGUUUACUCAAGGUGUGUUAUCCUGGGUUACAUUGUUGAAAAAAGAUGUUUAUUUGAGAUCUGUUGUUGAAUCUUCAAGAAGAAAGAAAAUCAUCGUUACAAAGAGUGGCCGAAAAGAGGAUACAAAAGAAACCGAGUUUAUCAAGAAAUUCAAAGUUGAACAAGAUUUUGAUGCGGAAAUAUCAGACACCACUAGUGGUCAAAUUUGCAAAUACAAAAACAAAGAUAUUUUGAUGAUGAUUAAGAGCACACUAGUUGACUCGAAACUUAUAUGGUUGUUGGUUGAAAAGUUUUUCGAUUCUGAGUUGUAUCUUGUAUUACCAUUGUUUGACAAGGCGGAAUUUACAUCCCAGUUGUAUGACAUUUUAGGAAGUAAAAGCUCUCAAAGGGUGAUUCUAAAUAUUAGAAAGAAGUUGCAACUAAACACAAUUGGUAUUUUAUUAAUUAUCAUGAGAUUGACUUCUUUAUCAACAUACAAUGCAUUGAGAUCAAAUACUGAAAACUUGUCUGAAAAUGAUUUAUACAUUUUGAAUAACCCAGUGACAAAAGAGUACAUGACAGCUGCACAUAGAUGUUAUGAUGAAAUAAGUCAAUUUAGAGAAGCCCAUUUGGAGAUUUUCCAAUUUCAAUUACUAUCUCGUUAUUAUGACCAGCUUGCCCCAGAAGAUUCUGAUUGUAAUUCAAUGAAAACUUAUGAAAAUAUGGGACCUUUAGUUCACUCUGCUGUUUCAUCUGGAUUAAAUCGUGAUCCAUCAGUUGCUGACCCUGGUAAUGAAAAUCCAAAUUUGUUGAGAAGAUUAUGGUUUAAAGUUGUCAAUUUGGAUUAUAACCAAUUGAUGCAUAUAGGAUGUCCUCCGAUGAUUAACGUUAGAUUUUAUGACACAUUAUACCCUUCCUUGAACCCUUAUGAUUCCCCAACAGAGUAUGCGAUUAAUCAAGCUAUCCAUAAAAGAAAAGAUAUUUAUGAGAUGUGUCACCCACUGUUAAUGCUACUGUUGAAUGUUAGAGAUCCUCCAAGGUUAAGUACAGUGAAACAACAUUUGAGACCUUUGGAAAAUCUUGUACAAGCUCAUCCAAAAGUUAGUGAUAUCAUGAAGAUGCCAUCUGAUACUGUUUUGCAAAGAUUUGAGAAACUCACAUCUGUUGCUGGAUUAGUUGAUACAACUUCUUUGUUAUACAUGAUUUACUAUCAUAUUUAUCUCCAUUACAAUGAAAGGGGAGUCAAAGACAAGUCAUUGUACUACUUGUUGGAGAUUAUCAAGAUAAUGACUGGUGCUUUCCCACUAAUCAACUUUUUGCUCGAAGAAACAGAAUAUAAUUCUGAUUACAAUUUGAAGAAUCAUUUUGGUAUUCCAAUCCUUGUCAUUCCAGAAAUUGAACUUUUAUCUCAUAGAUCUAUUCAAGUAAUGUUUUCAUUAUUGGCAAGAAUCAAAGCUAUGAAAGUGUUCACCAUUGAUCUUGAUCCAGCAAAGUUGGAAUUAGUUGAUAAUAUUGCAGAUUCUUUAUUAAGAUCAGCUUCCUACAUAUUGAAGGGAUUUUUGAAUAUUGCUGAUACUUAUUAUCACUCUUGGGCCAUGAGUAGAAUACACUCUUUCAUAUUGAAAGAUAUUCUAUACAAUAAGAGAGGUCCUUACAACCCUGAAAAUGCUUCUGAUGCAGAUAGAGCAUUUAUCAAAAAUUUGAACCUGGUUCGUGAUCAUGAUGAGUUGUUCAUGAAGUAUUCAAUUGAUGAUUUAAAACAGAUUUAUGAAUCUGUAAAAGAGCUAGAGAGAUGUGGGACAGGAUCAGAGCGUCCUUCACCAAAAGGCUCAGUUGAUAUGACAUUCAGCUCUGCAGCCAAUCAACAUGACUCUCUUUGGUUUAACCAGUUCCAGUCUGAUACUGGGCUUCUCUAUGACAACAAGGGUCACAUGGGUGGAUCUUCUUCAGCUAGUUCAGGUCCUACAAUCAGUGAUCCUAUAUUGGACAGAAUGGAUGAUCCAGUAAUAAACAACUUUGACAUAAUGGAUAUCGAAAGAUUCUUUUUCCAUUCUACUAAUGAAUCAAUGUUUUAA